GCUCUGCAGUUCGAGACAACGGACCAGAGAUUUCACUUCCUCAAUUUGCACAAGUACGGCAGAGAAGGCCAGUUGCUAUGCCACAUCUGGGGCGACUCCAACUGGGAGGAGCAUGCCAGCUUGAGUGAUGAAGAGGUGGUCAAGGAGGUUAUUUGUGGGCUGCGCGCAAUGUUUCCGAGAAAGCCAGGUUCAGAGAUUGGUGGCGAGCAGCAGGAUAUGGUGCCUUUCCCAGCGCUGUGGAAGGUCACCCGCUGGUCCCUGGAUCCUUUUGCGCUAGGAGCCUAUACUGAGUUUCAAGAUCCCAGAGCAACGGAGGACGACCGGGAUGUGUACGCGAGACCGGAGGGGCGUAUACUCUUCACUGGCGAAGGUGCAGUUCCGGGAAACAUCGGUGCGCAGUGCACACACGGAGCUGUUCUUGGAGGCGCCUCAGCUGCGAUUGCACUUCUCAGCGAAGGCGUUGGCGCAGCGCGGAGAGAGGCACAGGAGGAGGAAUCGCCUCGCAUCGGGGAGCUCCUGGGCUCAGGGCCCAUGAGUUUGGAUGUGCCAAUUCUGGUGGAGGUGCUUGCCACGGGCCGCUGCAAGGGGCGAAAGCGCCGUGA